AUGGACAUGGGCGCUGCGGGUGCAUUCAGCCUGUUUUCUGAACGCGAUUACUAUACCACUCCUUCGGUACCCCAAUUCGCUAGAGAGCCUAGCUAUGUCAAACACCGUUUCUCCUACCUCAAUCCCCGAAUCGCCUUCAACGCUAUCAGAUCUGCGUAUAGCCCGACCUGGGACAUCGAGGCCGACGAGGGCGAGGAAGAGUAUACUGAGCCGGCCGUCGACUUACAGAUACCUGAGCGCGCCAAGCUCGCCGAAAUCCUCGGCAACCAGCCAGACAACUUAAGCUCCGCAGAGCUGCUCGAACUCCGCAUCCAGGCUGCUGAGCUCAUGGCCUCGUUGUGCGAUAAGCGAGAGACCAGAAAGAGAGACCGCAUCCGGCAGAGGGCACGGACCGAUGUUGCAGCGAAGGAGGAGUCUCCCGGGCUUGACCCCUUUCCACUGCUAAUGGAAGAAGCAAUGCCCACUCUGAAGCAUGUGCAGCAGCUAGGUGGCGUGAAGCAGAUGUCGUGCUACCACCCUAAGUGCAAGCAGGAGGCGUUGGAGUUCAAGCACUUGAACCACUUCAAGAACCACUUCCAGAAUCGCCGGGCAAAGGAGAAGCAGAUGAGGAAGAUUGCUGAGUUUGAGGCGCAGCAGGCUAGAGAGCGAGCCGCUUCCGAGUCCAAGUCAUCUGAAGGGCACGAUCAGGCCGUGGAAAGCGAAUUCUUUGAGCUGGAUAACCAACACCAAACCUCAAGUCUGUCUAGUGGGACAUUUGGAGAAGAAGACGACGAGGUUAGGGCCGAAAGCGACAGUUCCGCGUCUUCUACUCCCGGACCUGCCGAGCAGGACGCCGCCAAGUUCGGCGAGACUCUGGAGCCUGAUGCGGAUUGCUCUAUGCAAGUAAAACGCGAGGCAUUGCACUCGCCGGCUCACUAUAUAUAG